AUGGAAACAGUGGUAUCUAUACCAAUUGCCGAUCCGGCCAUGGAGAAUAAAGACAUUAUAGCUUAUAAGCAGGAAUUAAUAAAGGAUGUAUACUGUACCAAUGUAGUAGGAACAGUAAAAUUAGGAAAAGUCAUAGUUAGUAUAUUAAAUGUUUCUGAAGUAACGAAGGAAAUAAAUGAAAGUGUAAUGAAUCGAAUAUUAUAUGAUACCGCGACGAGUUAUAAUAUACAUACGGUACAUGCCGUGAUUAACAACGAUAAUCGUGUAAAUAGAAUCCUUAAUUUAAUACGAAGUGAUCAUAUGAGCAUUGAUGAGCGAAAAUCCAUUUUUGAAAUAUGUGAGCAAUAUUCCGAAAUAUUCCAUUUAGAAGGCGAUCGACUCACUUUUACAAAUGCAGCUGAGCAUGUCAUUAAUUUAAACGUUAAUCAACAACCCAUUUACCAAAGACCAUAUAGGUUACCACAUUCACAACAAUCUGAAAUUAAACAACAGUUAGAUAAAAUGGAACAGGGUGGAAUUAUAGAACCUUCUAGUUCACCUUGGAACGCCCCGCUCUUACUUGUUAAGAAAAAACUGGAUGCAAGUGGUAAAGAAAAGUUUCGCAUCGUGAUAGACUUUAGAGCUUUAAAUCAAGUGACUUUGAAUGAAUUUCAUCCCUUACCUAACAUCACGGAAAUACUCGAUCAUUUAGGACAAUGUCAAUUGUUCAGCGUGAUUGACCUUGCCUCAGGCUUUUAUCAAAUUCCGUUAUCAGAAUCUUCACGUGAACUUACAGCUUUUUCUGCGAAUAAUGCACACUACCACUUUAGGCGAAUGGCGAUGGAGAUGAAAACUAGCCCCUCGACAUUCCAGAGACUUAUGGAUAAUGUAUUAUCUGGAAUAAUUGGAAUUAAAUGUCUAGUAUAUCUUGACGACAUAAUUAUUUAUGCGAAAAAUUAG